CCCCGCGAUGCUGGGUCGGGCCCUUCCCGCUUUCCGUUGCCGUUCGGGGCCUCCGGUUUGGGCUGCCGCGGGACGGGGACGUGCCAUGCCCCGGAAGGGGAAAGCACAGACUAAGGACUUCGUGAAGCCUUCUGUUCCUCCGGUUCCUGUGGCAACUGAUAAAAGUGGUUCUGUUGUUAUCUCUGUUUAUGCCAAACCAGGAUCUAAACAAAAUGCUGUAACAGACCUGACCACCGAUGCGGUAAGUGUGGCCAUUGCAGCACCUCCAUCUGAAGGGGAAGCCAACGCAGAGCUCUGUCGCUACCUCUCUAAAGUCCUUGAAGUCAAGAAAAGUGAUGUGGUGUUGGAGAAGGGGAGUAAAUCUCGAGAAAAAGUGGUGAAAAUUUUGGCACCACUGACUCCAGAGGACGUUCUAGAGAAGCUGAGAAAAGAGAGUUCCAGCUGAAGCUAUACAUGAGCAACGUCUUAACAAGUUGUUUCUCCAGCUGCAGAGAAUGGCUACAUUUAGGUAUACGACAGCUCAUAAAUACACGUGGUGGAAAACCCAACGAUGAGUCUGUGGACAGCUAUAAAGCUUAAUUUAAGUUAUAAAAAAGGAUGCGGUCAUUUUAGCAUCUUCAUACGAGGUGCAGUGUUAUCUGAAAGAGCCUCCCUGGGACCUGAAGUUGAUGUUCACCAGUCCACAUCAAACCGUGGCUCAACAUGGAUCAGUGUUUGACGUUUUUCAAACAGGUUCUUUUGGAGUAUGUUUGUUUUGCUAGUCUGGAAGGCAGUAGUCAUUUUCACUGUUUCAAAGGCGAUAUAAGAAAGGCACAACUCAGCUGUGAUACCUGUCUAUUUGCAUCUUUGGCAAACAGGUUUUGCAGGUUAUUGUCACCUUCUUUAACCAGAGAUAAUUGUGGGUUAAUAAGAAAUGCAGGGCACCAUUUUUCUCCUUCAGAAACUUUUGUCAGUCAUAGUGCCUGGACACUAUUUGAAAAUUCUGUUUUGAUUUUAUGUUAGGGACAGUGUUUGUUUCUGUGUUCUACGCUGCUCCUAUAUACCAAGAUCUGAGCUUCAUGUUAUUUGUUACAGGAAAUGCAUCUAAGUUUUAUAUUUGCAUUUGACAGGCUGUUGGUCCCUUAUUUGUUCCCAUCACAUGGAAGAAGCAAUAGUGUGCCUCCCCCCUCCCUUGAAUUAGGGAAGGGCUUUUAAGGUGGUCUGAAUUCUGAUUUUGCAACAUCCUGUCCUUACAUCUCCCAUUCGUUCCUCAGGAGUAUGUUUAAAAAUGGAGUCCCUAGAUCUCUCCUUCUGAUCGGGUUGUAUUUUUUUCCUUGAUCCUAGACAGGAUGCCUUGCUCCUGUGCCAUAUUUCGAAAAUAAAGCUGGCUGAUAUUUCGUCAGUUGGAUUUUAUUAUGUUUAUUGUAUUUACUUGAUUCCAUGUAUAUAGCUGCCCAUCUUGCAAAAUGACUAAGGACUUAUGGUUGCUAGACUCCCAAAGGGAACCCAUUUGUUUCAUUGCCAGUUGUGGUCUUGGUGGCGGGGAGAGAAAUUGCUCUGUUUUAACACAGCAUAUGUUCUGGGUUGUGCUUUGGCUUAACUGCCCACCUCUGUUUGAUCAUCCUCGCUAUACAAUCUUCUCUUUUUCCUGUGUAAUUUAUCUUAAGACCCUAGACUUGCAUUUCAGUUCUUGGCAAAUUGAAAGGAUGGCAUUGUUCAUACUGCCCCUCUCCCUCUGUGCCUAGCAUCUCUUGCAUCCCUCUGCAUGCUCAGAACCAACCCAUGAGCCCUCAGUGCUCAGCACCAUAAAUCCAAAUCAUUCCAAGAGCUUAAAAGCCUUCUCAGUAAUGCAGCCAUAAUUUCCCCAGGCGGCAGCAGCAGCUUGAAGGCAGCAAAAAGCUUUGUCUUAGGUUCUUCCUUUUACCUCCUUAUUCCCACUUUGUGUGCAUGAGCUCUGUUUUGUUUCAGCUUUCUGUUCUUGUGGGUUAACCCUCCUGUACGUAAGAUGAUGUGUUGCUCAAUUGGCAGGCUUUUAAUCUAACUCUAUACUCCUAUUCAAGAGUGGAGGGGUUUCUGAAUUAGCUUUGUAACCCAAACAGGCUACCAUCCAGAAGGGCAUUAUGGUGGAGGAACGUCCUGGAGCCGCUGGGCUGCAGAAGGCUAUCCUAAUUCCAAGGGGCUGCUUCUUUUUGAUGAGUGAUAUCUCUGUGUGGUAAAAUGAGAGCCAACAUAGUAGAGCAGUGAAAGUGGUGGAUUGGCAUGGAGGAAAUUGAGGUUCAAGUGCCCUCACAGCCCACUGGGGGACUUUGAGCCAGUCACUCACUUCUCAACUCAAACCGGUCUCAUGGGUUGUUGUUGUGGGGAAGAAUGGCAGGAGAGAACACUGUCUACGCCUCCCUUAGCUCCUGAACGAAAGGCAGGAUGUAAACCUAAAGAUAUAAUAACACAUGUUUGAAAGAGAACAAACUACAGGUUUCUACCCUGGGAAUUACCAGUUUGCGUUUCAGUGGUACAAAUGAACAGAAGAGGCUAUAUGCUACCUCUCCAUGUAAUUGGGUAUGGAAAGACUAGGAUUCUGGUGGGUGAAUGAAUAGAAGAGGUGGGUUUGGAAAUGAGAUAUGAAAGAAAGCAAGAGAAAAAAAUCAGUGGCAUUGCUAAGGGUUGCUUCCAGCACCUUUGGAAACAGGAAUUUUAGACCUGGCUUGUGCAUCAAGCAAAGCUGUGGUUUGCUUGAACCAUAGAUUGUUAAAUAAGCCACGCUGAUUGGAUUCACGUGUCGUAUUAAACAAAAUCUAAAUAAACUAUACAAUGGAUUGG